CGUCAUCACGCUCGCUCGCCCUGUCCCCGGAUGCACUUUUAUCUCUGGAUUCUUAGAGCGGACUCAGAGCUCCACGGUGCCCUGCGCGCUCAGCACAUGCGCGACGGCUCUGCUCCCUCUUCCUCCCCUUACACCAGCCUCCACCGCCCGGGCAGCCGCCGCCACCAACGAGUCAGGAAGUUCAAGAUGGCCGCCGCCGAGGCUCCGUGUCUGCGGGAACAGUCGGAGAUGGAAGAUGCCGAUAAUUCUGAAAAGAGUAUACAUGAAGAAAAUGGAGAAGUAUCAGAAGACCAAUCUCAAAAUAAGCACAGUCGUCACAAAAAAAAGAAACAUAAACACAGAAGUAAACAUAAGAAACAUAAACAUUCCUUAGAAGAAGACAAGGAUAAAAAACAUAAACAUAAGCAUAAACAUAAGAAACACAAAAGAAAAGAAGUUAUAGAUGCUUCUGACAAAGAAGGUUUGUCUCCAGCAAAAAGAACUAAACUUGAUGAUUUAGCGUUGCUGGAAGACUUGGAAAAACAGAGAGCCUUGAUUAAAGCUGAACUUGAUAAUGAGUUAAUGGAAGGAAAGGUCCAGUCAGGGAUGGGGCUCAUAUUACAAGGUUAUGAAUCUGGCUCUGAAGAAGAGGGGGAAAUUCAUGAAAAGGCAAGAAAUGGAAAUAGGUCUAGUACUAGAUCUUCCACUACCAAGGGGAAACUUGAACUUAUGGACAAUAAAAAUAGUACAAAAAAGCGAAGUAAAAGCAGAUCCAAAGAACGGACUAGACAUAGGUCUGAUAAAAAGAAAAGUAAGGGAGGUGUUGAAAUAGUUAAAGAGAAGACAACUAGGAGCAAAUCAAAGGAGAGGAAAAAGUCUAAAAGUCCAUCCAAAAGAAGUAAGUCUCAAGAUCAAGCAAGAAAAUCAAAAUCUCCUACCCUUAGAAGGCGAUCUCAAGAGAAAAUUGGGAAGGCCAGAUCUCCUACUGAUGACAAGGUUAAGAUUGAAGAUAAAAGUAAGUCAAAAGAUAGAAAAAAAUCCCCAGUUAUAAAUGAAAGAAGUCGUGAUCGAGGCAAAAAAUCCAGAUCCCCAGUUGACUUAAGAGGUAAAUCCAAAGACAGAAGGUCACGGUCCAAAGAGAGAAAAUCAAAACGGUCUGAAACUGAUAAAGAAAAGAAGCCAAUUAAAUCUCCCUCUAAAGAUGCUUCUUCUGGGAAAGAAAAUAGGUCACCCAGUAGAAGACCUGGUCGUAGUCCUAAAAGAAGAAGUUUGUCUCCAAAACAACGUGAUAAAUCCAGAAGAAGUAGAUCUCCACUUUUAAAUGAUAGAAGGUCUAAGCAGAGCAAGUCACCUUCUCGAACUCUGUCUCCCGGUAGAAGAGCUAAGAGCCGAUCCUUGGAAAGAAAACGAAGAGAACCAGAAAGGAGACGACUUUCUUCCCCAAGAACACGACCUCGUGACGAUAUCCUCAGUAGACGCGAGAGAUCAAAAGAUGCCAGCCCGAUUAGUAGGUGGUCUCCAGCCCGAAGAAGAGCAAGUAGAUCUCCCAUUAGAAGGAGGUCUCGCUCCCCACUUAGGCGGAGCAGGUCUCCUAGAAGAAGAAGCAGGUCCCCUCGGAGAAGGGACAGAGGUCGGAGAAGCAGAUCACGUUUGAGAAGGCGGUCUCGAUCACGGGGUGGUCGUAGACGUAGGAGCAGAAGCAAAGUAAAGGAAGAUAAAUUUAAAGGAAGUCUUUCUGAAGGAAUGAAAGUUGAGCAAGAAUCUUCAUCUGAAGAUAACCUCGAAGACUUUGAUGUAGAAGAAGAAGAUGAAGAGGCCCUAAUAGAGCAGAGAAGAAUACAAAGGCAAGCAAUUGUUCAGAAAUAUAAAUAUCUUGCUGAAGAUAGCAAUAUGUCUGUGCCAUCUGAACCCAGCAGCCCCCAGAGUAGUACUCGUACACGGUCACCUUCUCCAGACGACAUUCUAGAAAGGGUAGCUGCUGAUGUUAAAGAGUAUGAACGGGAAAAUGUUGAUACAUUUGAGGCCUCAGUAAAAGCCAAGCAUAAUCUAAUGACAGUUGAACAAAAUAAUGGGUCAGCUCAAAAAAAGCUGUUGGCACCUGAUAUGUUUACAGAAUCUGAUGAUAUGUUUGCUGCAUAUUUUGAUAGCGCUCGUCUUCGGGCUGCUGGCAUUGGAAAAGACUUUAAAGAGAAUCCUAACCUCAGGGAUAACUGGACUGAUGCAGAAGGCUAUUAUCGUGUGAACAUAGGUGAAGUGUUAGAUAAGCGCUAUAAUGUGUAUGGCUACACUGGUCAAGGUGUAUUCAGUAAUGUCGUACGAGCCAGAGAUAAUGCAAGAGCCAACCAAGAAGUGGCUGUAAAGAUCAUCAGAAACAAUGAACUCAUGCAGAAAACUGGUUUAAAAGAACUAGAAUUCUUGAAAAAACUUAAUGAUGCUGAUCCUGAUGACAAAUUCCAUUGUUUGCGGCUCUUCAGACACUUUUAUCACAAACAGCAUCUCUGUCUUGUAUUUGAGCCUCUCAGCAUGAAUUUACGAGAGGUGUUAAAAAAAUAUGGUAAGGAUGUUGGUCUUCAUAUUAAAGCUGUAAGAUCCUAUAGUCAGCAGUUGUUCUUGGCAUUGAAACUCCUGAAAAGAUGCAAUAUUCUACAUGCUGAUAUCAAGCCAGACAAUAUUCUGGUUAAUGAAUCAAAAACUAUUUUAAAGCUCUGUGAUUUUGGGUCGGCUUCACAUGUUGCGGAUAAUGACAUAACUCCUUAUCUUGUCAGUAGAUUUUAUCGUGCUCCUGAAAUCAUUAUAGGUAAAAGCUAUGACUAUGGCAUAGAUAUGUGGUCUGUAGGUUGUACCUUAUAUGAACUCUAUACUGGAAAAAUUUUAUUUCCUGGCAAAACCAACAACCAUAUGUUGAAGCUCGCCAUGGAUCUCAAAGGAAAGAUGCCAAAUAAGAUGAUUCGGAAAGGUGUAUUCAAAGACCAACAUUUUGAUCAAAACCUCAAUUUCAUGUACAUAGAAGUUGAUAAAGUAACAGAGAGGGAGAAAGUUACUGUCAUGAGCACCAUUAAUCCAACUAAGGACCUUUUGGCUGACUUGAUUGGGUGCCAGCGACUUCCUGAAGACCAACGUAAAAAAGUACACCAGCUAAAGGACUUGUUGGACCAGAUCCUAAUGUUGGACCCAGCUAAACGGAUUAGCAUCAACCAGGCCCUACAGCAUGCCUUUAUCCAGGAAAAAAUUUAAAUGAGAUGAAGAAGCUCCAAUGGUUUGAGUAAUUAAAUACAAAGACUGAAGAAAUUUCACAGCAGUUUAUUAAUGUAUAUAAACUUAUAAAUAUUUCUCCAUCAAAUUUGAGGAAGCAUGAUAUAUUUGAAUUAACACCAAGGGUGAUGUUUCUUUUAGAAAUGUUAGUUAAUCUGUUUUGUGUCUUAUGUGAAAUUUCACUGUAGAACUGUUUUAAUUGCCAAGACUGCACAAAAUUAUAGUGCUAAUGUAUAUGGUUGCAGUUCACAUAAAAGACAAAAGCAUCUUGUUAUAAAAAAAAGUAGUAAUGCUGGGUGGUUGAUUUAUUUUUAGCAGACUUGGCUUCAUUUUGGUCUUCAGGUAAAAUGGCCAGCAUAAAUGCUGUUUAUAUUCACAUUUUCCUAGGUAUGUGUGUGCAGGCCACAGCAGCAUGCCCUUGGUGUAGUCAUUGCCGAAAGGGGUCUGUUCCUUCUUGAGCCUGCCUGCAGGGAUGGUCUCCUCUUUUAAAGCAGGUUGUGUACAACAUUCAGUACACUGAAGGUAAGCUAAACCAUCAACAUCACUGGUGUUUUAAGAUGUUAUUUUAUUGGAACAAUUGACAAAUGAGGGAUAUUAGCUUUGUGGCAGAAUUCCCUGCAUGUGUGAUACCUGAUCUUGUUUUAUUUUUUGGCAUUGCAACUGUGGCAUAGUUACAAUUUCUGUUCUGUUCAUCACAUUUAAAAUUGGAAGAGUAUGCGCUUGAUGGAUAGAGCGCCUUCAGUGUACUGUUUCUUAUUAACUUUAAUUUUUAAAAAUCAACUUGCUAUAGACUUUAUAUACAUUUUGUUAAAUGCAGUUCCUAGUGAGAUAGAAACAAUGCAUAGUUUUCAUUUACUAAAUUACAAAUGUUGAGGCAUAAUUCUGAAAGUCCUCAUAUUUAAAAGUUACAUAGACAACCUAAUGAAAUUUUUAACUAUUUGUAUGUCAUUUUGAAAGUGUACUGCUUUAUGGUAAAAGUGCUUUUCAUUUGUUCAUUGUUUUCAUUAUUUGUGAUCAUGUUGUCUUUCAAUACAGGCAUAAACCUUCCACUCUUGAACAAAGCAGCUGCUUUUUAAAAGCGGUAAUUGCUUCUUUACCUUUAUUUCUUUUGUAAAUGAAGCUUUUCUUUAAGAAUGUGACUUUAAAGUGUUGUCUAUUGCAUAAAACAGUUGACACUCACUUAUUGUAAAGUGAAGAUUGUUCUACUGCAUGUGAAGUGGCCAUGCAGAUUUCUGUAUGUUCUCAGUAUGCAUCACUAGAUAAUAAAGUCUUUUGUGAACAAGGCAUUUGUAGCCAUUUUUAAAAAUUUUUGUCUUCAGUGCUGGUAAGUCAGGUAAACCAUAAAUAGUUAAAAGCAACCUUUGUUUCUUCCUUAAAGUCUUUAAUAGAAUUAUUUGCUAAAGAUGUAAGCCUAGCCAAAGUUUAUUAUUUUAUUACUAAUUAGGAUCCUAAUUAUUUCAUCAAAAAAUUCUACAAAUAUUGUCAGCUUUCAGUGUAGUGAGAUAAUUCCUAUAGGUUAGGGGUAUAAAAUCAGGAUUUAACUAAUGUUUCUGCUAUUUUCUCACUUUUCCUUUUGAUGGUGCGGAAAGAGAAAAAAGGAAAACGGGGCACAGGCCAUUCAACGCCUUCUCCAAGGGGUCUGAUUUGCUGAGACACCAGCUUCACCUUCUUAACAAGGUUAUUUCUGACAGCAUGUGUAGAUAAACAUUUAGCAACAGUUUAAAACAAAAAUCAUGUAAAUCAGCUUGGUUUUGCAACACAAAGGAAUUUAUAUUUUUAGCAUGGUGGAAGAGAAUUUUCAGAAAUUUAUGUAAUCUUUUUCCUUUGGGUGGUAAGAUUAAUUCUUGUCUCCCUGAGGAAUAUGGAAAAUAAUCAGAUUUUAUGGGCUUAAAUAAUAUUUUUAAAUUGUAAAUGGGAUUUUUUUAUUCACCCAGGCACUAAUUACAACAAGCAUGCACAUUUUGGUGCAUUCAAGAAUGGAAAAUCAGAAUAGCAGCAUUCUUCUGGUGCAGCUCAGUGGAAGAUGACGACAACCAGAAGACAUGAGCUAAGGUUUCUGUUCUAUGAAAGAUUUAAAAAAAUCCUCCAUUUAAUUUUUGUCUAAUUUUUUAGUUUUCAGCCUUAUGAUUUGGGUUUCAUUAAUGUUUGGUACUUAGAUUAGUAGUGCUAUUGUGCUCAUUUGUAAAGUGCUUGUUUUAUCAUGCUCUGGCUCUCCCCCAUCUUCCCUUUCCUAAAAUAAAAAUAGUGGUCAAAUUUAGUGAUAUAUAAGACUCUUGAAUGGUGAGCUUCCUUAUAUAAACAUGGUUUUUAAGUUUGGUUCCUAAGGAUUACUAGGAAAACAGCAAACAUCAAAAUAGCUUACAUAAAACGUAGUCUUUAGCUUUGGGUAUUUUAUCUCCUUGGCAAAUGCAAAAGAAUAGAAACUAGAAUUUUAAGAACACUAUUCAACUCCUAUAAUACCCUAUUCUCCAACUUGCCCUUUAGUAAUUUUAUUCUUUUUUUUAUAAAAUACAUUUUAUUGAUUUUUUACAGAGAGGAAGGGAGAGGGACAGAGAGUUAGAAAGAUCGAUGAGAGAGAAACAUCGAUCAGCUGCCCCCUGCACACUCCCCACUGGGGAUGCACCCGCAACCAAGGUACAUGCCCUUGACCGGAAUCGAACCUGGGACCCUUGGGUCUGCAGGCCGACGCUCUAUCCACUGAGCCCAUCCAGUCGGCAAUAAUUUUAUUCUUAACAAGUGCUCCUCCAGACAUGGUCUUAAAGUAGGCAAAAUAUUUAGAGCCAUUGUCAGUUUUUCUUCUUAAGGGAAAUGAGAGGUGAUAUAAUUUUGAUCUUUUAUAUUCCCAAAUAAAGUAUUCCUAAAUUAAUCUAUUAAACAGGAACCCUGUAAACAGUCUAUAUAAAUGACAUUAUUUGAAUUUGUAAUAUUGCUGAGGAAGAAAUUUGGAACUCUAAGACCUCUGUUGGAUUGAGGUAUUUAGUGAAUAAUCUUUUAAAAACCUGCAUUCAUGUUUCAGAGUAGCUAUAUAGUUUUCAAAUAUAAUUAUCUCAUGAAGGUUUUGCUUUAUUACACACUUUACGGCAAAAAUGAUAUCAAGUAUAUCAAGUGAUUGUCAGACUUCAGGGCUCGUAUGUCUUGGGACAUAACUCUCAAAGGUGUCAUAGUUCUUUCUGUAGUUGGGGGAAUAGUUGAGAUUUUAAGGAAGCAUAUACAUUUUGGACACAGUUCUCAAUAAGGUCCUAGGUCAGUGAUGGCGAACCUUUUGAGCUCGGCGUGUCAGCAUUUUGAAAAACCCUAACUUAACUCUGGUGCCAUGUCACAUAUAGAAGUUUUUUGAUAUUUGCAACCAUAGUAAAACAAAGACAUAUUUUUGAUAUUUAUUUUAUAUAUUUAAAUGCCAUUUUUAAAAAAAUAUAUUUUAUUGAUUUUUUACAGAGAGGAAGGGAGAGGGAUAGAGAGUUAGAAACAUCGAUGAGAGAGAAACAUCAAUCAGCUGCCUCCUGCACACACACCCCCUCCCCCACUGGGGAUGUGCCUGCAACCAAGGUACAUGCCCUUGACCCGGGACCCUUGAGUCCGCAGGCUGAUGCUCUAUCCACUGAGCCAAACCGGUUAGGGCUUUAAAUGCCAUUUAACAAAGAAAAAUCAACCAAUAAAAUGAGUUCGGGUGUCACCUCUGACACGCGUGUCAUAGGUUUGCCAUCACUGUCCUAGGUAGACCUUAUUCUUGAAGGUUAUCAGAAAGUAGGUUGGAAUUUUGAGGCUUUGAAAGGAUGAAGCAUCUUGUCAUAAACCUUAAAACCAUCCAGUAUUUUAUUUACCCUUAAAUCUUCAUUGCUAGCAUCCUUUUUCAUUCCACAAUGCCUAUCUCAUUCCACUCUACUUUUUCUCAAAAAUAAUUUUAUGUUUUAAAAGAAUUUUUUACUUUUUACCGUUAUAAUCACCACUUUUCCCCCUAACUAAAACAAAUACUCGGGCCAUUUUUAUAAUACGAAAAUCUAUGUUUUAUGGUAUGUCGUAGAGGCAGUGAAAUGUAAUGUUCUCAGAUGUGUUCCAUGACUGAGAACAAAUACUAUACUUAAUCUAUCAUUUUGUAGCAGAACUUUAGCUGGCUAAGUAGAAAUAAAAUCUCUGAAAUGAAACAAAGGAAUCACAUACCUGAAAAUUUAUGCCAAGUAGUUACAGAAUGCCCUUUUAAAUGUUGGAGAUAAGAAAGAAGCCAGUUAUUCAAAUGUUUAACCUCCUUCCCUUAGUUAUAAUGACAUUAUUAAAAUUGGGCUUCAUAAAAUGUUUCUUCAUAGUAUCCUAGUUCAGUUCAGAUAUUCAACAUGAAUUUUAUCAUUCUCUUAGAUAGAAGGUCCUCCUUAUAGAAAUGUUCAGUACACAUUCAUUUGUGUUUUUCACAUGUCAAUAACAUACACUAAAUUGAGUUUUAAAAUGUUUUCCAGUUAUUUUGAUAGAUAUCAUCAUGGCAUCUUUAAUUGUUCUUUUCCUUCUAUAUGUAGGGUAAGGGACUGUUCUUCUGAAGAAUCUUUCCAUUUAGUGAUCAAGAUAUGGAAGCUGAAAUCUGAAAAUACUCAGUAUGCAUUCUAAUUGUUUGUGGUAUCAUUUGGAUUGUAACGUGCAUUUUAGCAGCAAUGUUCCCAAUCAACAUAUUGGGGAAAAUAUAAUAAAAUAUGCCACUUGUUACUA